AUGUUGCCUGACCGAACGUUGGCACAUAUUAAAGAAAAAUCUGCCCCAGACCGAAAAAUGUGUAAAGAAAGAAUAACUUUUUUGGUAUGUACCAAUGGAGAUGGUAGCCACAAACUAAACUUGUUAGUUAUUGGAAAGCCUAAGAACCCUAGAUCAUUUGAGAAUGUUCAGAUUCCACUUGAAUACAAGUCAACUAAGAACUCUUGGAUGACAUCUGCUUUAUUUAAACAAUGGUUUCACGAAUCGUUUGUAAAGCAAGUGAAGACUUUUCUAAGAAGUCGAAACCUGGAAGAAAGGGCUUUGUUGAUUGUUGAUAAUGCGCCUUCUCAUGCAACAAAAGAAGAAUUAGUUAAUGAAGAUGGAAAUAUAGUGACAAUGUUUUUGCCUCCCAACUGCACAGCAUUAAUCCAACCAAUGGAUCAAAAUGUUAUCCGUUUAACAAAGAUGCAUUACCGCAAUAGUAUUUUGGCUACCAUUAUUUCUUCAGACGAACAAGACAUUACCAAAAGAUUAAAGUCAGUGACUCUUAAAGAUGCUAUGUUUAUUUUAAAUGAUGCGUGGAGCAAAAUCCCUUCAAAGACCAUAGAAAAAUGCUGGCGCAAUAUUUUAUCAAAAACCACCCAAGCUGUUUCAUCUGAUACAGAGUAUGAUUCCGACGAUUUGAUGCCACUAAGUGUAUUGAAGGAAAAAAUUGGCCAACAAAACUUAACCGAUAACAUUCAAGAUAAUAUAUCUGGCAGGCUUAAUCAACUAGGAGGAAAAGAAACUUCAUUUACACAUUUGGAUGUAAAUCAGUGA